CAGUAUUACACUUCUUUUGAUAUAUGUUAAACUGAAAUCUUUUGUUCGGUACAACUGACACAAGCAAAAAAACAUUGUUGUAACACCCGGCUAAUCCACUUGAUCAACUGUACGUACUUUCCGAACUAAUUGAGUGUAUCGAAUGAGAUGCCAACUUAUAUUGAAAGACAUUUUAAUUCACUCGGAGCUAUCAAGUUUAAGUGCUCUAUCUCAAGAUAACUGCGAAAUAUCACAAUCGAGUAAAGAAAAAAAUUAUUUUAUCUUAAAUUAUUUUCGAAUCAAAAGUACUGAGUAUUAAUAAGCAGUUACAAACUUUUUAAUAGAGUGAAGUGAGUAGAUAAAAAAACAACUUUGUUGUCAUUAAGAUUGCUGUGCGGUGUUAGAAGCAUUCAUAGCAAUCUUAAAUGUACAUUCAUUAGUGCAAGUUAAUGAUUUAAUAUACAUAAUUGAAAUUAGUAUCAUGAGUGUAUUAUACAUGAAGACAAGUCCUGUAGCUUAUGAUAUUCAAAACUCAACAAUAUUUGGCCACGGAUGGAUUGAUACUUUAGAAUUGGGCACAAUGGAAAUGAAAAUAGCAGAAAUGUUAUCUGCUCACUAUCAAACAGUUAUUAUGUCCAUGAUCGGUUCCAUAGUUGUGGGGCUUAGUGGAUUAUUUCCUUUACUCGUUUUACCUGUUGAUGAUACAAUCUCAUUGAAAACAGGAUCUGGAAAAAAAAAUUUGCGGCUUUUAUUAAGUUUCUCUGUUGGAGGAAUGCUUGGCGAUGUGUUUUUGCAUGUGUUACCUGAAGUCUGGAGUGAUGUUUCUAAUAAAAAUAAAUAUAAAGAUUGGAGCCAUGAUGGUUGGUGGGUAUUAAUUGGUUUAUUAGUUUUCAUUGUUGCUGAGAAGUUAUUUUCACUAUCAGAUGAUGAAGCUGAUGACAAUAAUGAUGAUACUAUUAUUAUCAAUAAUUCUGUAGCUAUCACAAAUGUCAACAACAAUCAUAAAGAUCUUGCUUCAAUAGAGAAGCUUAAUAAUAAAUUAGUUGAAAAAGAAAAACAGAUUAUCAAAAUAAGUGGAUACCUUAAUUUACUAGCCAAUUGUAUAGAUAAUUUUACUCAUGGUUUGGCAUUAGGUGGAAGUUUUUUAAUAUCUCCCCGUGUUGGUCUUUUUACUACUCUGGCAAUACUUGUGCAUGAAAUUCCUCAUGAAGUUGGAGACUUUGCGAUUUUAUUAAAAUCUGGAUUUACUCGAUGGCAAGCAGCAUGUGCCCAAACAUACACUGCUUCUGCAGGUAUGUUAGGUGCUUUAACAGCUAUUUAUUGCAGUGGAAUAUCUGAUGAUGUUGAGGCUAAAACAUCAUGGAUUAUGCCUUUUACAGCUGGUGGUUUUUUACAUAUAUCACUAGUGACAGUUUUACCUGAACUAGUAACUGAAGAAAAUGUGAAAGAAUCUAUUAAACAGUUUACAUUAAUAAUUUUUGGAAUAUGUGUAAUGUUUGUUAUGUCUAGUCUGUUUGAAUAAUGACCAAAAUAAUGUAUUUUAUUUAUCUUCUCCCAUCAUCCCACUUAAAAGACUAUAAUAAUUUUAUUGUAUUAUCACACUGAAGGUAUCACUAUAAAUUCUAUUAAGUUAUUGUUUUAAUUAUAAUUUGUUUUUUAUUAAUUAUGAAGACAACUCUAAAUAACUCAGAGUGAAAAUAUUAACUCAAGUUACCAUUAUAAUAAAAUGACUUGAUUUUUGUUUUUGGCCUUAAUAUAUGUUGAUAAAUAAAUUUAUAUUUUGGCUGUGCAUUGUUUUUAGAAUUUUUUUUUAAUAUUUUAUCUAU